UCAUUGGAAGCAGUCGCAAAAUCUUCAAACCUCCAAAAAAUCUGAGAAAUCGCCAACCUUUCGAAACUGAAGAAGCUCGAAACAACCCUCUCAAAAUGUGCGAUCCCUGUGGCAGCGUUCCGUGCGAUUCAAUCUGUGGACCGGCUGUCUGUCCUCCUUGUGGGCCCUGUGGACCGUGUGGACCAGCCUGUGGACCGUGUGGGCCGUGCGGACCCUCCUUUUGUGGACCCUGUGCCCCGUCCUGCGGACCGUGUGGACCUUGUGGACCAUGUGGACCGUGUGGACCGUGUGGACCGUGUGGACCCUGUGGACCCUGUGAACCCUGUGGACCCUGUGGGCCAUGUGGACCGUGUGGACCCUGUGGACCGUGUGGACCGUGUGGACCCUGUGGACCGUGUCGACCCGUGAGCCUCUGCGAGUGCAUUGCACGAGGGUACAGUCCGUACGGAUCGUUCUGAAGAUUUGAAGAUGUUAGGUU